CGUUACACCCCGCCAUUUCCCUGAAUCUAGGACUUCCAAGCUUGCUCGAAAUCGCUCACAAACUCACUGAGUCCAUCUCUCAACUGUCUCAGCGUCCUCCAUGACGUCCACCGGAUAUCGAGAUCGGACGUCGGAGUUCUUAUCCCUGUCAAAAACACUGAAGAAGAUCGGAGCAACUCCACCGCCAAACCAGCACCAGAGCGACGCCGUUUCGUCCCCCUCACAACCGCCGCCGAAUCCGGACCGAUCCGAGUUCAGUAAGAAAGCUUCACGAAUCGGGCUGCGGAUUCACCAAACUUCGCAGAAAAUCGAUAGGCUCGCAAAAUUGGCGAAAAAAUCAUCAAUUUUUGACGAUCAAAGCAAGGAGAUUCAGGAAUUAACAGCCUUGAUUAAAGAUGAAAUCACGGGACUUAAUGUAGCAGUUUCCGAUUUGCAAACGCUUCAAAGUAUUGAGAUUUCUGAUGGAAACUAUUCUCAAGAUAAAAUUGUUCAUUGUAAUGCUGUUUGUGAUGAUCUUAAGAGUAGACUUAUGGGUGCCACAAAACAGUUUCAGGAUGUGCUAACCACUAGAACAAAGAAUAUGAGAGCACACGAAAACCGGAAGCAGAUCUUUUCUACGAAUGUGUCAAGAGAGAACCCUUUAAGGCAACCAACAUCUUCUGUGACAGAGCCACCCCCUUGGACAACCUCACCUUCAUCAGGUGGUAUUCUGCCUUCAUCAGUACCGCCUGCUAAUGGAGUUCAAGUUGGCAACCAACUAAGACGAAGGCUCGCUACAGACAACACUCCGUCCCAUCAAAUGGAAGUGUCCAUGAUACAACAGGUAGUUCCAAGACAUGAAAGUUACUCACAGAAUCGAGCGGUUGCUCUUCAAAGUGUGGAAUCCACAAUUUCGGAAUUGGGUGGGAUCUUCACAAAUCUUGCUACAAUGGUCGCACAGCAAGGGGAACUUGCUAUAAGGAUUGAUGACAAUAUGGAUGACACGCUGGCAAACGUUGAAGGUGCGCAGACUUCUUUGUUGAAGUACUUGAACCAAAUAUCAUCAAACAGGCAGCUUAUGAUCAAGAUAUUCCUUGUUCUGAUAUUCUUUUUGGCAUUAUUCAUCUUCCUGGCUUGACUGUAGUUAAGGUAAAGUGUGGAAACACUGUAAUUUUUGCAUCUGGAAAUACACUCUGAUGCCAUGCCAUAGUCCAACAUUCUGUAGAAUGGUUUCUGUCAAUUGGUUGAGGUAAAAGAUAAAGGGUUUGUAUGCAGUUUUGUGAUACAGUUCUCACAUUGAUUCCUUCUUGAUCUGAAAUGCAUGUUUUUCCAACAAA